AUGAAGCGUGGUCUGCAGUUGCUUUUGGCCGCAGCGGCUCUGUCGCUGUCUGCGGCAGACGAGAUUCCCCAGGUUGAAAUCUCGUUGAAGACAUCAUGGCCGGCACCGCCGCUUAUGCACGAGAUUCUUGAGUCGAUUGCAUUGGAGAACCCCUAUGAAUACUUUACAUUCCUCGACGCCUUGACCGACCCAACCGCCGUUCCCAAGAACACGGAACUCAACCCAGAGGACAUCUACAAGGCCGCCAUCGAGCUUGGAAUUUCCAGAGGUUUCAACCUCGCGACCGGAUGGAUUGCGAACCUCAAGGCCAACCUGGCUCUGCACAGCACGUCGCCCAAGAUUGAGGCGUUCUACAACUACUACACCAACUAUGUCAACAACACCAAGGGCAACGAAUGUGGCUCUUGGGUUGACUGGUAUGGCGAGGUCGUUUGCGACGUCGACACCUUGACCCGGCUUACCGCCAAGGAUCCUAUUGGAGACGGGAAAUAUCCUCGACCCCAGAGUUUGUCGUUCGACCAUAUCUACCCACCACCUGACCGAGUUGCUGAGAAACCACCCCGGACCGCGAUCCUCUACGCCCAAUUCGCCUCUCCGAACUUCCGGGCCCUGCACUCCCAUCUCUACGACCUCGCCCGACAGGAAGAUGCCCGUGUGGAAUACGUCCUUCGCUAUGUCCCUCCCCCGCCCUCGGACAAGCCCAGGGAGCCCAACGUCCUCAGCGGAUAUGGUGUCGCUUUGGACUUGAAGAAGAUGGACUACCUCGCCCUUGACGACCGGUUCCAGCAAGAGAACUCCGUGGCCCAGCAUAAUGGCUGGGGUCGACCCUAUGACCCCGUCCUCGACUUGAUCGAAGCUCACCCUGAGAAGCCUGAUGCCCCUAACGCGACUGUCCCUCUUACCGAGGAGGAACUUGCAGGUUUGGGUGCGCAAGCCAUUCAGGUCAUCUCCGAGGGCUACGCCCCGAUGGAGAUCUUCCAGCAAUUGGCUGAAGACUUCCCCAAGUACGCCACCUCGCUCGCUCGCCGCGUCGUCGCCAACGAGAGCAUCGUCGAGGAGCUCAAGGAGAACAGCGUCAAGGCCAAGGGCGGCGUGAACAUGUUCUGGCUCAACGGCGCCCUCGUCGAGAACUACGACGUCGAGGCUCUCCCCCUGUUGCGAAUGCUCAGGAAGGAGCGGGACCUCAUGCUCAGCUUGACUCGUCUGGGAUUGUCGCGCGAGCAAGCGUUCGACGUGCUGACCCACCCCAUCAUCAGCGCUGCUCACCGAGACACCUCGGACGCGCUUUUCGACGCCAGUGACAGGCAGGAGGGCGGAGAUGUCGUCUUCUACUUCAACGACAUCGAGAAAGACUCCAGGUACUCGAACUGGGCCCCUAGCUUGCAUGAGCUCAUUCGACCCAUGUACCCUGGUCAAUUCCCCAACAUCAAGGCUAACUUGUUCAACGUCAUUCUCGCUCUCGACCUUUCCCAAGUCACUAGCCUCAACUUUAUCGCAGGCCCUGUCUCCAACAUCAUUGAGCGUGGCAUGCCAUUCCGAUUUGCGGUCGCCCCCAUUAUUGAGACUGAGGAUGGCAAGAAGAUGGCCAGACUCUUCUACUACGCCACCAAGACCUUUGGCAAGAAGAAGACUGUUGAGCUUCUACGAAAUGGUGCCGUCCACGAUCUGCAACCCGACGACCCGAUCCCUCCCGUCCGCUGGUCCGCCAUUGAAGAAGGCUUCAACCAAAUCGCUUCUGCUCUCGAGACAGAGGAUCCCGAGAAGAAGAUUCUCCCCUUCAAACAGGUCCUCGAGGGCAAGGCUAUGGCUGAGGGCUUGGAGGACAAGAUCCAGGCUUACCACAAGCGACUUGAUACCACGCUCGCCACUGGACCCACUGGACACGCGUUCUUCAACGGCAAGCACAUCGUCUUUGAUCAGACCUUCUUGAAGCAUCUCAGAGAGGGUGGUAUGGAGCAGCAGCAGUUCCUCAUGGAACAGGUCUAUCGAGGUGUCCUCAAGGACGACAUCCUCAAGGAAAAGGGCAUGGGCGACUACUGGUACGACCUCCCCAAGACCAACAAGAGGAGGAACCGCUACAUCUUCCCCACGUCGCACAAGGACCUCAAGGUCGUCAACCUCCCCGACGCUCUGCACACCAAGGCUGAAAUGUCGUUUGGCGCGGAAUCGUUUGUGUACCCCAAGAACGCGCAGAUCCAGACCCCGAUUUUCACCACUUUCAUUGUUGGAGACUUUGAGAGUGAGGCUGGGUUGGCGCUUGCUAGGGAGGCGCUCAAGCUUGUGGAGAGCGAGAAGUCGCAGUCAAGGAUCACUUUCGUUCCCAACCCCGCGGAAUGGGCCGCAGUCAAGGACGAGUCCGCCAACGCUCUCGUCUCCAAGCUGGUCACCAAGAAGGCUCUCAAGGCUGCUUCUCCCAGCAUCGUCGCCAAAGCCCUGAACGUCGACAUCUCCUCGCCUGUUUCCUCUGGAGAUGACAAGCAGGUGCCUUUGUCGAGCAAAGUCGCCAUCACCCAGCUCCUCGGUUCCGAGCCUGGAGAGGUGGACAAGAAGGAGGUUAGACGCUACCUUAAGCGAAGCAGGAUCUUUGCGCGCGAGGCGGGUGUUAAGCCUGGUGAAACUGCUAUCAUCAUCAACGGUCGUGUUAUUGGCCCCAUCCCCGUCAAUGACUUUAGCGUCAGUGACUUUGAGGCUUUGGAGGAGUAUGAAGCUGUCAAGAGGACUGGACCUGUUUUGGGCGCUUUGAACGCUGUUGCUGGAUCGUUGAAUGAGGACAAGGACAAGUUCGCUGAUGCGAUUUAUCUCGCGUCGUCUAUUAUCUCGUGGACCCAGAUCCCAGACCCGAGCCAGGCCGGUUUGUUCGACGCACCUCCGCGACCUAGGACUCGCAACUAUGAGCAGCUGAAUGAUACCUAUACUUCAUUCGAGUUUGGAGAUCGCGAAUAUGCGCUGUACUAUCUCACCUUCCUCGUCGAUCCCUUGAGCCCCACCGGUCAAAAGUGGGCUGGUAUCAUGAGGUGGCUCUCCAUGUCCGCCAACGUGUACAUCAAGGUUUAUUUGAACCCUGAUACUUACAAGGAGAUGCCCGUGAAGCGGUUCUACCGAUCAUGCUUGGAGCCUCAGAUCCUGUUCAACUUCUGGAGCCGCGAGGAUCCCGCCAAGGUCCAAUUCAAGGGACUCCCCACCGAUCCCAUCUACACCCUCUCCAUGGACGUCCCAGCCUCGUGGCUCGUACGACCCAAGGAAUCCCGCUACGACCUCGACAACAUCCAACUUACCCAACUCUUCCCCGAAGACAAGUCGCUCAAGGCCGUGUUCUCGCUUGACGCGCUCAUCCUCGAAGGCCACGCCCGCGAGACCGCCACCCAGACUCCACCCCGCGGUGUCCAACUCCAAGUCGUCGCCUCUGAUCCUAGCAAGGAAGAAAAGGCCGUUCCAGUCCAGGACACCCUCGUCGUCGCGAACCUCGGCUACUUCCAGUUCCGAUUGAACCCUGGUGUAUACGGGUUGGAGAUCCGCGAGGGCAAUGGAAGGAAGAUUUAUGAUAUGGAGAGUGUUGGUGGGCUUGGGUGGGAUAGUCCUGGUGUUGAUGAGGUUGGGAACCAGGUUGCGUUGACUGACUUUGAGGGUGUGACGUUGUUCCCGAGGUUGAAGAGGAAGCCUGGCAUGGAGAAGGUUGAUGUGCUUGAGGAGGAUAAGGCGAGUAGUGGGGUGUUGGAGAAUAUUUCGACCAAGGUCAAGUCGAUCUUCAAGGGCAAGGAGACUGGUGUUGUUCCCGUCAAGGAGCAGGCUGAGAUUAAUAUCUUCACCGUUGCUUCUGGCUUGCUCUACGAGCGAUUUGCCUCCAUCAUGAUUCUUAGCGUUCUCAAGAACACCAAGUCCACCGUCAAGUUCUGGUUCAUCGAGAACUUCUUGUCCCCGUCGUUCCUCGAAUUCAUCCCCCACUUCGCCAAAGAGUACAACUUCGACUACGAACUCGUGACCUACCGCUGGCCAUCCUGGCUCCGCGCCCAAACCGAGAAACAACGCAUCAUCUGGGCGUACAAGAUCCUCUUCCUCGACGUUCUCUUCCCCAUGGACCUGAAGAAGGUCAUCUUCGUCGACGCUGAUCAGAUUGUUCGAGCGGAUUUGAAGGAGCUCGUUGAUCUUGAUUUGCAGGGAGCGCCUUAUGGAUAUACUCCGAUGGGCGAUGAUAACAAGGAGAUGGAGGGCUUCAGGUUCUGGAAGACGGGCUACUGGAAGGACUUUUUGCAGGGCAAGCCGUACCAUAUUAGUGCGCUCUAUGUGAUUGACCUUGUUAGGUUCCGACAUGAUAUCCUCCGUGGACAGUACCAGGCUUUGUCCGCUGAUCCUGGCUCGUUGGCCAACCUCGACCAAGACUUGCCCAACAACCUCCAGCGCCAAGUUCCUAUUUUCUCACUCGACGAAGACUGGCUCUGGUGCGAGACCUGGUGUAGCAAGGACCGACUUCACAGGGCCAAGACCAUCGAUCUCUGCCAGAACCCGCUCACUAAAGAACCCAAGCUCUCUCGGGCCCGACAGAUCCCCGAAUGGGAAGAGUACGACGCGGAGAUUGCCAGAUUUACUCGUCGCUUGGCGGAGGAGGGCAAGAUUAGCUCUGGUCUCUCGACUGCUGACGCCAACGUUCUCGCUGGUGCAAGCAAUACUGAGCCUGAGGAGGUUGCUAAGCCUGAGGAAGUCAAGCCAGAGACAAAGGAAGAAUCUUCCCCCGUCCCCGAGACGAAGGAGGAGCCUGCCGUUCCGGAGAAGAAGGAAGAGCCUAAAGAGACUGUGGAAGAGGAGGCUGCGCCAUCGAGUGCGACCUCGGUCGAAGCUGAAGCUGCUCGACCUACUGAUGAGCUAUGA